AUGGCACCAAAGAAGGAUUUGCAAUUGGAAUCGAUAGAAGGGAAGAUGGAGGAGAUUCAAUCAGAGGUUUACCGAGAAUUACAGGAAGCCAAAUCUGAGUUUCAGCAAUUUCCUAAAGAACUUGAUCUGCUGAAACAAGAGAUGCAGAGGUUGCCAGUAAUGGAGAAGAAGAUGGAUUAUCUUGUCACUCAUCUAGCGACUUUAUUGCGAACCCAGGGGCAACAUACGCCAGCUGCAGCAACGGGGAGUACCGACCAACACGUUCCGCGGAGUUUGGAGGAAAGCCCAGCUGAACAGAUUCCUCCAGUUUCGGCGGCCAGGAGUAUUCCGCCGGCCACGGGAUCGGCACCACCGCCACCUUCGAUGCAGCGGGUAUCUUCGUUUGGGGAAAUCAACACAGGCCAUGAUUUUCGGCUUGUGAGGAUGGAGCUGCCCCUAUUUUCGGGAGAGCAACUCGAUGGAUGGAUAUCUAGAGUGGAACGCUAUUUUUUGUUGAUGAGGAUGACUGAGCAGCUUCAGUUAGAAUCGGCUAUUGUGGCUCUGGAGGGGGAUGCUUUGACAUUGUUCCAGUGGGAACAUCAUCGCCGACCGAUUACAUCUUGGGCAUCAUUGAAGAGGUUGAUAUUACAACGGUUCCGGGAAUCUCCAGUUGGCUCCAUAUCUGAAGAAUUGCUAUCCAUUAACCAGACCACUACAGUGAAGGAGUAUCGGGUCAGGUGGGAAAUGCUUGCCGCUCGGGUCCUCGACGUCCCGGAACACAUUCUGGAAGGAAGCUUCAUGCGUGGCCUCAAGGAUGAGAUCAAGGCUGCUCUUCACGUCCUUCAGCCUAUUGGGUUAGCCCACAUCAUGGACACCGCCCAGAGAGUAGAAGAAGGGCAGCAACUCUUUUAUUCAGGCCCAUUUUUUCGGCCCAGUUCACAGAAGACUGCUCAUGGACAAGGGCAUGAAUGUGAUCAGCGGGCAUUGCAAGUGUUGUUAUUAUCAGAUGAGGAAGAUGUUCCACUUACAGAGGAGUCCCCUCCACCCUCGCCGGAGUCGAAAGAAACGGUGGUCACUGAGGAAACCUUAGCUACCUUAUCACUUAAUUCACUGGUAGGUAUAUCAUCGGCGCACACAAUGAAGUUGGCAGGGCAUAUAGGGCAGCGGCCAGUUACGGUUCUCAUCGACAGUGGGGCAACCCACAAUUUCAUCUCCAUGGAUGUUGUUUCAGCAGCGGGCCUUCCUAUUACAACCACCACUUGUUAUGGAGUAUUGUUGGGCACGGGUGGAAAACACAAGGAUUUUGGGGUGUUAUCUAAGGAAGAGGACGUGAAUAAUGGUAUUCAACCCGCCCAAAUUACCGCUGUUUUACAGCGUUUUGCUGCUGUCUUUGGGUCACCACAAGGGCUGCCUCCAAGCCGAGGAAGGGAACAUGCCAUAGUACUUAAAGCGGGAACGGAGCCGGUGUCGGUGAGGCCAUAUCGGUACGCUCAAGCCCAAAAAGAUGAGAUAGAAAGGUUGGUUAUGGAGAUGUUACAAGCAGGGAUUAUUAGGCCAAGUACUAGCCCUUUUUCGAACCCGGUGGAAUAUUUGGGUCAUGUAAUUUCAGGAAACGGCGUGGCAGCUGACCCAAAUAAGUUGGCAGCUAUGGAGGAUUGGCCCAUUCCAAAAAAUAUUAGGGAGCUGCGGGGAUUCUUGGGUUUAACAGGUUAUUAUCGGAAGUUUGUGCAAGGUUAUGGACGGAUAGCAAAGCCAUUGACGGACCAGCUGAAAAAAGACGUUUUUGGGUGGACAAUAGAGGCACAAGAGGCGUUUUUCCAGCUGAAGAAAGCCAUGUGUUCGACCCCGGUUUUGGCGCUGCCAAAUUUUUCUGCACCAUUUGUGGUGGAAGCCGAUGCUUCGGGUAGUGGAUUGGGAGCGGUAUUGAUGCAAAAUGGGAGGCCAAUCGCUUUUUACAGCCAUGUAUUAUCCGCUAGGGACUGUCUUAAAUCAGUCUAUGAGAGGGAAUUGAUGGCUAUCGUGUUGGCUAUACUUAAAUGGCGUCCUUAUUUACUUGGGAGGAGGUUUGUGGUGCGAACGGAUCAAAAGAGUUUGAAGUUUCUGUUAGAGCAGCGGCUUGUGGCUUUGGAGCACCAAAAAUGGCUCACCAAGCUCCUUGGGUACGAUUUUGAGAUCCAAUACCGUCCGGGUUUGGAAAACAAGGCGGCGGAUGCCUUAUCUAGAUUACAAGGGGACGUUACUCUUGCUGCCAUCUCAGUCCCACAUCUUAUUUCCAUACCGGAUUUACAAGCACACGUGGCCACAGAUCCUUUUUUAGCUAAGGUGAAGCUAAGCAAGAUAGGUGGGCAUUCGGGGGUCUUUAAAACAUUCCAAAGGUUGGUGGCGGAUCUAUAUUGGAAGGGAAUGAGAAAGGAUGUGCAGAAAUACGUAUUGGAGUGUGCGGUAUGCCAACAAAACAAAUAUUUAGCUCAAUCGCCAGCGAGUUUAUUGCAACCAUUACCCAUUCCGGAACAAGUUUGGGAGGACAUUUUAAUGGAUUUCAUAGAGGGGUUACCAUUGUCGAAUGGGUUUGACUCUAUUCUUGUGGUGGUGGAUAGGUUGAGCAAGUAUGGUCAUUUUAUUCACUUGAGACACCCAUAUUCAGCAGCAUCGGUGGCGGCUGUUUUUGUCAAGGAAGUGGUCAAACUUCAUGGGAUCCCAAGAUCCAUUGUGUCGGAUAGAGAUAAAAUUUUCCUCAGCUUGUUUUGGAAAGAGUUGUUUCGGCUCCAAGGGACUGCAUUGAAGCAAAGUACAGCUUAUCAUCCACAAUCCGAUGGGCAAACGGAGGUGGUUAACCGCUGUGUAGAGACGUACCUUCGUUGUUUUGUAAGCUCCAAACCCAACUAG